AUGAUGAAGCGAGCCUUGGAAAUCACCUCAAUAUCCGCAGAGAACAUCCGGCUCAACAAAAAGCCCGUGAAGAACGCGGUGGUGGUGAUCCGAGUGGAGCACGGCUACGAAUGCUCGACCAAACCGGCGCCGGACAAAGGAACAAACCCUAAGUGGAACGAGAGUCUCGUUGUUGACUUGCCACUGCAUGCAGGCUUCAUCACCGUGGAAGUGAAGUGCAAGAGCUCCUCGGGUAAGUACAAUCUCGUCGGCGGAGCGAUAGUGCCGAUUUCGGACUUCGCUGGGGAAUUUGGCGCACCGGAGGGUCACGUGCAUUUUCUAAGCUAUAGGUUGAGAGAUUCUAGUGGCGUGCGGACGGAUGGCAUCAUCAACAUUUCGGCGAAAAUGGCCAUAGCGGCCCUGGCACAUACGUAUGAGGUUCCGCGACCGGAGAUCGGAGUACCAGUUGGUGAUCCAAGGAGGAUGAUGGCGGCCGGUGGAUUGGUGACCGGAGUCCCAGUUUGGUACGCCCAGCCUUGUAGAUGUUGA